CGCGGCCCGGCCCCCGCGCUCCCGGCCGGGCCGCUUCCUGGAAUGGAGGUGUGGCCGGGGCGGCGGCGGCUGCGGCGGGGUCCUGACCCGCGGGCGACCUCCGACCUCCCCGGUGCCGACCUCGUAUCUCUCUCUCCUGGAGGCGAUCUCUGACCUCCUCGGAGACGGUCUUCCGGUUGUCUGGCUGCAGUUGGACAGCGCCCGGGGCGCGGGGCGCCCAGGACGGAGGGCGCGCCCCGAGGGGCCCCCGCUGUGCGCCCCGUCCGGUCGCAGGCUGUGCAGCUGGCCCCGCGCGGGCCGGACUUUCCUGGCGGGGACGGUCUCCUCCAGGCGCACUGUUUCCUCCUCUCCCGCAGAGGGUCUCCCGGCUCUCGGUUGCGAGCGUGGAGGAAGUUUGCGUGCGGUUGUUGUGUUUGUUAGGAGUCGGGGGUUUGUACUUCAGUAACGUGUUAAGUAGUGGAAGACGCAGGGGACCCGUCGGCCUUGCCCGGCUGCACUUGCCUGGGCACAGCGGCUCUGCCGGGCCGGGACCGCGACCCAGGGCUCUUCCCCGCAGGCCGCUCAGGCACUUCCCGAGACGCUGGCACAGAGCAGAAACCCAUUUCACAGAUGAGGCUGCAAAGGUUCGGUGCUGGAGAUCAGAAUUUAUUUACCUCUAUUUAUCCGACGCUCUCCCAGCAGCUUCCAAGAGAACCGAUGGAAUGGAGAAGGUCCUACGGCCGAGCUCCAAAGAUGAUUCACCUAGAGUCUAACUUUGUUCAAUUCAAAGAGGAGCUGCUGCCCAAAGAAGGAAACACAGCUCUGCUCACGUUCCCCUUUCUUCAUGUUUAUUGGACGGAGUGCUGUGAUACUGAAGUGUAUAAAGCUACAGUAAAAGACGACCUCACCAAGUGGCAGAGUGUUCUGAAGGCUCACAGCUCCGCGGACUGGUUAAUAGUGGUGGUUGAAAAUGAUGCCAAGAAAAAAAACAAAACCAACAUCCUUCCCCGGACUUCUAUUGUGGACAAGAUAAGAAACGAUUUUUGUAAUAAGCAGAGUGACAGGUGUGUCGUGCUCUCGGACCCCUUGAAGGACUCCUCCCGAACUCAGGAAUCCUGGAAUGCUUUCCUGACCAAACUCAGGACAUUGCUUCUUAUGUCUUUUACCAAAAACCUAGGCAAGUUUGAGGAUGACAUGAGAACCUUGAGGGAGAAGAGGACUGAGCCAGGCUGGAGCUUCUGUGACUAUUUCAUGGUGCAGGAGGAGCUUGCCUUUGUUUUCGAGAUGCUACAGCAGUUUGAAGAUGCCCUGGUGCAGUACGAUGAGCUGGAUGCUCUGUUUUCUCAGUAUGUUGUCAACUUUGGCGCUGGGGAUGGUGCCAACUGGCUGACUUUUUUCUGCCAGCCGGUGAAGAGCUGGAAUGGAUUGAUCCUCCGAAAGCCCAUAGAUAUGGAGAAGCGCGGAUUGAUACAGAGGCAAGAAGCCACCCUGUUAGAUCUGCGCAGUUACCUGUUCUCUCGCCAGUGCACCCUGCUCCUCUUCCUGCAGAGGCCGUGGGAGGUGGCUCAGCGCGCCCUAGAGCUGCUGCACAGCUGUGUGCAGGAGCUGAAGCUCUUGGAAGUCUCCGUGCCACCCGGUGCCCUGGAUUGCUGGGUGUUCCUGAGCUGCUUGGAGGUGCUGCAGAGGAUAGAAGGGUGUUGCGACCGGGCACAGAUAGACUCAAACAUCGCCCACACCGUGGGUCUGUGGAGCUACGCCACAGAGAAGCUAAAGUCCUUGGGCUAUCUGUGUGGACUUGUGUCAGAACAGGGACCCAACUCAGAAGACCUUAACAGGACGGUGGAUCUUUUGGCGGGCUUGGGAGCUGAACGGCCUGAAACAGCCAACACUGCUCAGAGUCCGUAUAAGAAACUCAAGGAAGCAUUAUCAUCAGUAGAAGCUUUUGAAAAACACUACUUAGACUUGUCCCAUGCCACCAUUGAAAUGUAUACGAGUAUUGGGAGAAUUCGAUCCGCUAAGUUCGUUGGAAAGGAUCUGGCGGAGUUUUACAUGAGGAAGAAGUGUCCCCAGAAGGCAGAGAUCUAUCUUCAAGGAGCCUUGAAGAACUACCUGGCUGAGGGCUGGGCACUGCCUGUCACGCACACAAGGAAGCAGCUAGCUGAGUGUCAGAAACACCUUGGACAAAUUGAGAACUACCUUCAGACCAGCAGCGUCCUGGCCAGCGACCAGCACCUGACGGAGAGCGAGCGGCAGCACUUCUGCAGAGAGGUGGUCGGCGUCGCCCUCCGGCAGGCGGGCAGCCCAGGUCACAAAAUAGUACUCCCUAUGCAUUCUUUUGCACAACUGAGAGAUCUCCAUUUUACCCCUUCCAAUGCUGUGGUCCAUGUGGGUGGCGUCUUGUCCGUGGAGAUAACCGUGUGCAGUCGGAUGCCCGUGCCUGUCCACGUGGAGCAGAUUGCCAUCAACGUGCACUUCAGCAUCGAGAAAAACAGCUCCCGCAAGACUGCCGAGUGGCUCACCAGGCACAAGACGGCCAACGGGAUCGUCAGCUUCCCGGCAGAGGCCCCGCCUCUCCCCGCACCCCAGAGCAGCCCGCCCGCGCUGGAGCUGUGCGAGGUGUUUGAGAGAAGUCCUUCCGACAAUUCCCUGCACACGACAGGGAUUAUCUGCAAAAACGUCCACAUGCUGCUAAGGAAGCAGGAGAGUGGCACGUCCCUGGAAGCGCCCUCGGGUGCCGCUCUGGAGGCCGGGGCCCACGUGCUGAGGUGCACCGCCGUGACCCUGGAGCCAGGGCCCAACGCGAUCACGUUCAGCACGCAGGCCAAGGAGCCGGGAACCUACACGCUGCGGCAGCUGUGCGCCUCGGUGGGCCCGGUGUGGUUCGUCCUUCCUCACAUCUACCCGCCGGUGCAGUACGACGUGUAUUCGCAGGAGCCGCAGCUGCACGUGGAGCCGCUGGCCGAUAGCCUUUUGGCCGGGAUUCCUCAGAAGGUCAAGUUCACUGUCACUACUGGCCAUUACACAGUAAAAAACGGGGACAGCCUUCAGCUCAGCAAUGUAGAAGCCGUGCUUAUCCUGUGUCAUGAAGAGAACAGGGCAGUGAUCUAUUCCAACAUGAGAGAAAAGGCUGCCGAUGCUGCGCUGCGGGUUCAGUCAUCCGACAAGGUCACGAGCAUCAGCCUGCCAGCUGCGCCUGCAUACCACAUGAUCGAAUUUGAACUGGAAGUUCUCUCUUUACCUUCAGCUCCAGCAACUGGAGGGGAGAGCACCGUGCUGGGGAUGGCAGAGCCCCAUGGGAAGCAUGAGGACACACAAAAAGCCGGCCACUGCAUGGCUACCACGGACCACAAAGUGUCCAUCGAUUGCCCGUGGUCCAUCUACUCCACUGUCAUCUCGCUGACGUUCAGCAUGCCCUUCAGGACCACGCACUCCCUGCUGUCGUCCGGGACACGGAAAUAUGUGCAAGUGUGUGUCCAGAAUUUGUCAGAACUGGACUUCCAGCUGUCAGACAGUCAUCUCGUGGACACCGGCGAUAGUACUGGCCUGCGACUAAUACCGCUGAACACGGAAUCCGAGCAGCGCAUCCACAGCAAGCAGGCGGUGUUCUUUGUCUGGGAGCUGAAGUGGACGCAGGAGCCUCCCCCCUCCCUGCGCUGCCGGUUCUCCGUUGGAUUCUCCCCCGCUGCUGAGGAGCGGCUGUCUGUCUCCUUAAAGCCCUAUACUUAUGAAUUUCAAGUGGACAAUUUUUUGACCCUGUACAAUGUGAGGGCGGAGAUAUCGCCCCCUCCGGGGACAGAGCUCUGUAAGACAGGCGCCCUCUGCUCCUUGGAGGUGUGCGUCACGCGGCUCUCGGGCCUCUCGGAAGUGGACAAGGAUGAGGCGCUGACGGAGUGCGACGAGUGCUUCUCCACGAAGCUUAUGUACGAAGUUGUCGACAACAGCAGCAAUUGGGCGGUGUGCGGGAAGAGCUCCGGGCUCAUCUGCAUGCCCGUGGCCGCUCAGGCCACCCACAGAGUCCACAUGGAGGUGAUGCCCCUCUUUGCGGGCUACCUGCCCCUCCCCGACGUCAGGCUGUUUAAAUACCUGCCCCAUCACUCUGUGCACUCGUCGCAACUGGAUGCUGAUAGCUGGAUAGAAAACGAUAGCCUCUCGGUGGACAAGCACGCGGACGACCAGGUGGACAGCGGCAGCGUCCAGAGCAGGGGCAGCGUGCGCUCGGUGGCCAGCAGCGACCACAAGGGCCUGCCCAUGCCCCGGCUCCGGGCGCUGCCCCCCGGCCAGGCCUUCAACGCCAGCGCGGGCACGCAGGUCCUGGUCGUCCCCAGCCAGGACGACCACGUGCUCGAGGUCAGCGUCACGUGACCACGCCCGGGGCUCCCACCGUCCCC